GGGGCAAAUAACUCGUGGAUCAUCUAGUCAUAACCGGAUUGGUUACCGCAUUUAAAGUGAGGUAACAUUCGUGGACCUCCGGUGAGCCGUGAAUUUAAAUCGUGGACCUCCGUGAUCUGCAUAUCAGUGUUCCGCCUUUUCAGGUAUCGGCACAGGUAAGACUCCAUGCAGUUUUAGCGAACAUUGCAAAAUGUCAUGAAAGCAAAGGUAAAUAGUUGAGAAUUGCGGCAUACAAAGUGUUUAAGCAAUUCGUUCUAUAUAUUCACAGGACAUUAAUAAAACCCUGACAUUUCGUACUUUUGGCAUUGCGGUGCAGUAUGUGGGUAACUAUUGCCAUUGUUCUUGUUUUGAUUUCCCUGAUUUGGAGUCUGACCGGACGACGUAAGGGGCUUCCUCCCGGUCCGACAUGUUACCCCAUCAUUGGAAAUAUCGGGAUAAUCAAGCCGUCAGAAGCCGUGCAAUCACACAGAAGAUUGAGGAAGAUUUAUGGAGAUAUCUACACGGUGAUGUUCUUCCACAAACCCAUGAUAGUCGUCCAUGGAUAUCAAAACAUUCGAGAACUUCUGGUUAAAAAUGGUGAUAUGUUUUCUGAGCGACCAAAGGUUUUUGUUUCUGAAGUUAUAGCAAAAGGAAAAGGUCUUAUCUGGUCGUCUGGUCCACUGUGGAAGGAACAGAGAACAUUCGCGCUGACAACGAUGCGUAAAUUUGGAUUCGGGAGACGCUGCAUGGAAAGUCAGAUCAUUGAAGAAGUAGACUGUCUAAUGAACGAACUGGAAAAAUAUGAAAACAAGGCUUUGGACAUUCAGACGCUUCUGAACACUUCGGUGUCAAAUGUUAUUUGUUCACUUUUGUUUGGAAAAAGGUUUGAUUAUGAUGAGUCAAAAUUCAAACGUUUGAUUUCUAUUUUAAACGAUUUGUUUUCCAACAUGAAAACAUCUUCGCCAGCAAACAUUUUCCCGUCUUUACGUCACAUCAGAUUCUUUAGCCUUGACUCGAUAGUAGACAAUUUCGAUUCCUUGAAGGCUUUUGUAACUGAAAUGAUCGAGGAACACAAACAAAAUUUUGACGAAGACAACAUCAAUGAUUACAUCGAUACUUAUCUUUUGGAACAAAAACAAAGAUCAAAUGAAGCCGACACUACAUUUACAGAUGAACAACUAAAUAACAGUGUUCGCGACUUCUUCACCGCGGGAACUGAAACGACGUCCACUACACUGAGGUGGGCGCUCCUGUACCUAGUUCAUCAUCAGGACUGGCAGAAAAGGCUCCAGAAUGAUGUAGAUGACGUCAUCGGUCAGACACAACCUAAAAUGGAACAGAGGGAUAAAUUGCCAAGGGUGGAGGCAUUUAUUCUGGAAGUUCAACGUUUGGCAAAUCUGAUUCCCCUUAAUUUGCCGCAUGCACCCAAAGAAGAUUUUACUUACAGCGGGCAUCUAUUCCCUACAGGUGCCAUCGUAUUUUGCGUUUUAGAUUCUGUGAUGUUGGAUCCUGAAAUCUUUCCUGAGCCUUCCGAAUUCAAACCAGAAAGGUUUUUGGACCCAACCGGGAAAUGUUCUGGGGAACAGAAAGAUAAAAUAAUUCCUUUCUCAACAGGACGCAGGGCGUGCCUUGGAGAGUCACUGGCCAAAAUGGAGUUGUUCCUUUUUCUGACCAGAUUUCUACAGAAGUUUGAUAUCAAACCGGAGAAUCCCGAUCGUCUGCCUUCUCUGGAUUCUACACUGGGUGUUACCAACAUGCCGCUCCCCUUCAACCUGAUAUUAAGCAAACGUUAGACCUGUACAGAUUUGUGAACUUUAGUGCUUUAAAUGCAAAUAUAUUGUGCAAGAAUAGAAGCGACCCUUAGCUAUCAAUAAAUGUCAUGUUUUC